AUGAACCGCCAGUUCACCUGCAAGUCGGGAGCUGCCGCCAAGGGGGGCUUCAGCGGCUGCUCGGCAGUGCUUUCAGGGGGCAGCUCAUCCUCCUACCGAGCAGGGGGCAAAGGGCUCAGCGGAGGCUUCGGAAGCCGGAGCCUCUACAGCCUGGGGGGCAUCCGGAACAUUUCCCUCAACAUGGCCAGUGGCAGCGGGAAGAGUGGAGGUUAUGGAUUUGGCCGGGGCAGGGCCAGUGGCUUUGCAGGCAGCAUGUUUGGCAGUGUGGCCCUGGGGCCCGUGUGUCCAACUGUGUGCCCACCUGGAGGCAUCCAUCAGGUCACUGUCAACGAGAGUCUCCUGGCCCCCCUCAACGUGGAGCUGGACCCUGAGAUCCAGAAAGUGCGUGCCCAAGAGCGGGAGCAGAUCAAGGCUCUGAAUAACAAGUUCGCCUCCUUCAUCGACAAGGUGCGGUUCCUGGAGCAGCAGAAUCAGGUGUUGGAGACCAAGUGGGAGCUGUUGCAGCAGCUGGACCUGAACAACUGCAAGAACAACCUGGAGCCCAUCCUCGAGGGCUACAUCAGCAACCUGCGGAAGCAGCUGGAGACACUGUCCGGGGACAGGGUGCGGCUGGACUCAGAGCUGAGGAGCGUGCGGGACGUGGUGGAGGACUACAAGAAGAGGUAUGAGGAAGAAAUCAACAGGCGGACAGCUGCAGAGAAUGAGUUCGUGCUGCUCAAGAAGGACGUGGAUGCUGCUUAUGCCAAUAAGGUGGAACUCCAGGCCAAGGUAGACUCCAUGGAUCAGGAGAUCAAGUUUUUCAAGUGCCUCUAUGAAGCCGAGAUCGCUCAGAUCCAGUCCCACAUCAGCGAUAUGUCCGUCAUUCUGUCCAUGGACAACAACCGGGACCUCAACUUGGACAGCAUCAUUGACGAGGUCCGCGCCCAGUAUGAGGAGAUUGCCUUGAAGAGCAAGGCCGAGGCUGAGGCCCUAUACCAGACCAAGUUCCAGGAGCUGCAGCUGGCAGCUGGCCGGCAUGGGGAUGACCUCAAAAACACCAAGAACGAAAUCUCGGAGCUCACCCGGCUCAUCCAGAGAAUCCGCUCAGAGAUUGAGAAUGUGAAGAAACAGGCUUCCAACCUGGAGACGGCCAUCGCCGAUGCUGAGCAGCGAGGCGACAAUGCCCUGAAGGAUGCCCGGGCCAAGCUGGAUGAGCUGGAGGCUGCCCUGCACCAGGCCAAGGAGGAGCUGGCCCGGAUGCUGCGGGAGUACCAGGAGCUCAUGAGCCUGAAGCUGGCCCUGGACAUGGAGAUCGCCACCUACCGCAAGCUGCUGGAGAGCGAGGAGUGCAGGAUGUCAGGAGAAUUUCCUUCCCCUGUCAGCAUCUCCAUCAUCAGCAGCACCAGUGGCAGCAGCGGCUAUGGCCUCCGGCCCAGCUCUGUCAGUGGCGGCUACGUGGCCAACAGCACCAGCUGCAUCUCAGGCGUGUGCAGCGUCCGCGGUGGGGAGGGCAGGAGCCGGGGCAGCACCAGUGACUACAAGGAUACCCUGGGGAAGGGCUCCAGCCAGAGUGCAUCCUCCAAGAAAGCCAGCAGGUAGAGAGGGCUGUCCAAGGCCCUCCUGCCACCCAUGUGUCCUCAGUUGUCUCCCACAUAUGCUUUUCCCCAACCCACUGUCAGUCCCAUCUCUACCUAGCCCUGCUCUCAUACCUCCAGUGCUAGCCUUGGCCACCCAGCUUCUCCCAGUCUGUGUCUUCCUGAGCUUGGACAGGUGUGGAUGACUACACCUGGGGGUAUUCCUCCUGGCAUAUGCCUGGCGCUCACCUCUUUGGCUGAGCUCUCCCGACCAUGCCAUCAGCCCAGCUCCAGGCUCUCAGCCUUCUGCCCUCUAUACAGCUUCUAGCUCAGUUGUUAACUACUCUGCCUGGCUCCCUGGGGCUCACACUGCCCCGCCCCCCUCAUACUGGGGCCUUUAUCCCAGCUCCUGCUUAUGCUAGUGGCUGGUUCGGUGUUCAAGACCAGGAAGAUUGAAGGACAACAACCAAGAGAAGCCAGUCCCCACCCCACCUUGGCUCCAUCUCAUGGCUCACUCUGAGUGGGACUGGGUACAACUCAGGGUCUCUCUUCACUCUCCUGUGUCCAGAAGCAGAGAAGAGGAGACCCCUCCACAUCUCCUUUCUUCUUAGAGACCUUCCUAUUGCAUCCUCAAUAAACAGCACGAUCUGA